AUGUCCGCCACCGCUGUUUUCGAGCGCCGGAACAAGCAGAUCCAAGAUGCCAUCGACGGACAGAAUCUCAAACAGGCCUUGCAGCUCUGUGAAAAGCGACUAAAGAAGGGCGAGGAUUCGCAUUUCCUGAGGGCGUGGAAAGCGUAUAUUCUUUUCAGCCAUGUAGAUGACGUUCAUCGGCGGCGGGGCAUUUCGGAGACCCUCGAGCUCUGCCGCAUCGAACCCCCUGUUUCCGAUAUAGAAGCGCUGAAUAUUCUGUAUACCACUCUUAAGGGCCUUGAUGAGCAUGUGGAAACGACGCGCGCGAUAUGGGAGAGGGCAGCAAAGGCGAAGCCACAAGCGCUAGAUAUUCAAUUGAGAUGGUUUAAUCUAGCGUUGGAGAAGGGCGACUGGAAAACUGCACAAAAGGCAGCUAUGAGCUUGCAAAACAACUUCCCCAAAGAGCGCAAAUACUACUUCUGGGCCACAUUCAUGUGCUACCUCAUCGCCAUCGACCCUGCGAAUUCAGAAAUGGACCGCAAACUCUUUGGCACGCUUGCUUACCGUAUGAUAUUAAAAGCUGCCUCGAAUGUGCCAACUGACCCGAAAGAGUUAUUAAGCCCAUCAAGAGCAAUUCAAACCUCUGAAGAAUUCUUCCUAUUGAUCAAGAUUUUUGAAACACAAGGGCAGCACGAAGAAAUUGUUUCUUUCCUUAACAGCAAGCACUUAGGCAUAGAGUCCCGCAUUUGCCAGAAUGAUUGGUCAUUUGUUCGUGCGAAAAUUGCAGGUCUCGAGAAUGCAGAAUUGUGGGAAGAAGCGCUGUCAUAUACACGGGAACUGCUUGCCCUUCCGGCUGACCUUGCAAAUGGUACAAGAACAGCGGCAGCCCAAGAGAAAGAUGAUUGGCAAGUUUGGGGCCUCCUUCUCGUGGCCACUAAGAAAUUGGAUAAUAAAGAUAUAUCACGGGAAACCCAGGAAUUUAUCGCUGCUUACAUUAAAAGGCAACCGAAAUCACGGAAUGCCCAGUUAGCAGCCCUUGACUUGACAGAGCAGCUGAUUGCGAUCAAAGAACUAUCUCCGGGAGACCUUCUCGCUAAAUGCAGAGAGUAUUUUGACAGCAAUUGCACUAAGCUCUACUGCUUCCGCGACCUGUGCAAAUAUCUGAUUAAACUUGAUCGGUCGAUGCAAGACGAAUUUCAAUUUCAUGUUUCUCAGAAGGUUAUUGCAGAUCAGAGUGUGGAUGAUCAGAAAGAGGUUUCCGACCCUUCCAAAGGCGUUGCGACUAUCAAUGCUCUAAAAUAUGAAUACUGUUUCCAGUUGUCAUUCGAGGGUGACAAAAAGCUCUCAGUGCAGAAGGUCGAAAAUUUCGUGUCUCGGUGCCUUGGUAUUUACCGAAAUACCGAUAGAUCUAACCAGCACUCAGCUCCAUCUACCAUCGAGAGCCAGCCAAGUGACGAUCUCUGUCUUCUAGCGGUCAUGGCCUUAAUUAGAUUCCACCAAACAAAUAUUGGGUCUAAGCGUGAUGCUCCUCAUCCUGCAUUAAUCCAAGCCGCUGCACUGAUAGAGAAUUUGCUUCUCAAGUCACCCCAUAACUAUGAACCUCUACUCCUUUUAGUUCGGAUAUACCUCCUCCUGGGCGCGGGCUCCUUGGCUCUAAAGUCGUUCCAUAGAUUGUCGCUGAAGCAGAUGCAAUAUGAAACGGUAGCACAUAAUCUCUUUACCCGCCUCGCAUCGACACACCCCCAUACUGCUCCACCGUACGAAGGAUUAGAGGUUAAGGAUUACGAUCCUCAAAGUGCCAUGAGGCAUGCGUUGAGCUUUUAUCGAAAUUCUGAAACUGCGACUAAGUAUUCGAGAAACGUUGGCCUAGAACAUGGAAGCUAUGUUAAUGUGGCUGGAAGCAUUGAUCUCCAAAAGAGCCUUAAAAAUAGCAUCUGUAGAAGAAUGUGGGCAUUGGAAACCCGGAGGAUUGGGCGACUGGUUGGUGGCGAUUCGGUGGGACAAUAUGAUCAUAUUGUCUCCGACAUUGACCCAGUUGUUGACAAGCGCAACUUCGACGGCUUUCCGAACUGUGAGCUUCCUGGCAAACCCAGCUUUGAAGAACAUAUCCGGCUCGGACCCAAGCCAGGGGCCCAAGCAGUAAAAGCAAUGACCAUAACCGACGUCCUAUUCGAUUUCCUAAUAAAACAUAGCACCACCAAAAAGACGACAUCAUCUUCAACAUCAACACUGUCAAAUAUUGAUCUAUCGCGUUACCUUGACCCCGACCUUGAUAUCCCUCUCUCAGAAACGGAACUCACUGCCGCUGAAAUAGAAAAUACAAACAUCCACCUCACCCUCCUGAAAGCCAUCGCAUCCCUAGCCAGCAUCGACACCAAACAAUCCUCUCCACCAACACCCAUAACGACUCACCUUGUUACCCUUGAAUCAUUCCUAACCGAAAAGCUAACCAUGCUAUCCUCCACACCCAUAUCCACUUCCAUCCUUCCAACAACCAUACCCCUCGCCUCUGUUAUCAAGCAACAACCCGCCACGACUCCGUCUUCCAUCGCCCCUUCCUGGCUCUAUCUCCACACUACAAUCUCCCUCCUCGAAACCUUAAAAGCUACCAACUUAUUCCUCACCUUCCUCUCCCCACAAUCAUCAACAACAACAGGAAAAGCCGAUCUCCCAGCCACAAAAUCAAAAAAGCCCAAAGUCAACCCCCUCCCAACAAAGGAAACUGUCGAAAACCUGCACAACCUCGUUGAGCAGCUCGUCGACGUUAUCCGCCGGAACACGCGCUUUUUGAAGAUGCAAAUUGCCGAGUCUGGAAUGUGGGGGAGUUGUGGUGGUGAUGGUGGCGAUAACGACGAUAGAGAUGCGGUGGGGGAGGCGGAGGCAGAGUCAGUGGGCACAGUGAGGAGGGAGAUUGAGGAGUUAAUGGAUACGGCGUCGUUGGAGUUGUUUUGCGCGUCAUUGAUGGAGAGUUGGGAUGAGUCGCUUGACGGGGUGUUAGUUUCUGACGAAUCCAGCCUUUUCUCUCGCAACACUUACCAAUGGUGGUUGGGAGGAAUACCACGGAAUGAAAUUGAGAACUUGAAAAAUAAGUUUCAUUGGCAUUUAUAG